CCAUAAAGUUUUCCUUCUCUUGAAAUUCUUCCUGGUGUUUGUAUGUAAAAUGUCGAUUCGAACAAACAAAAUGAAAGCAGUAGCUGUGUUGAUGAAGCAGUUGACGACAUCAAGGAGGAAAUUCCAUGAAAGGGGAAGAGAUGAAUCAUUUGAUGGGGAGUUGGAAAAGUUGCGGUUGGUUCUGAAUAAUAUAAAGGAUGUGUUUGUGGAAGUGAAGAAGAAUGAAGAAAAUCUGCUUGACACAUUAGCAGAGGUGUAUGACUAUCUUCACAGGUUAGACCACAAGAAGCUGCACCAAGGCAUGAAGGACAUUUGCAACAGGAUCAAAUGUUCUGCUCGCAAUUUGCUCCCAAAGCUUGAUUUUGAUGAGUCAAAAAAGGAGGAAAUAUUUCACUCAUCAAAAGAGUUGCUGCAGCCACGUGAGACGAGUUGGUCUUUGAGAGAUUUUGCCUCAUCAGAAGGUUACUUGUAUUCUCUCUUAGUUUUCCCUAAAAAUGCUGUGAUAAGGAAAAGGAAUGCAAUUAAUUUGUGGAUUGGAGAGGGUCUGCUUAAAAAUACAGGGAACAAAACAACAGAGGAAUUGGGUAAUGAUGUGAUUCGUACUCUUUUGAAAUUUAAUUUGAUUGUAAGCUAUGGUAAUGGAAAGUGUCCCCUUGUCAAUAAAUUUCAAAUUGUUCCUAGCAUUCGCAAUCAAAUGGAGGGAGGUUUCUCAAUAAUAAAUGUAGAUCAUCCAGGAAAUAAACUGGCGGCAGGUUUCUCGGAAAGAAAUGUAGAUCAUCGAGGACAAUAUUUUAUACCAAACUUGGAUUUUGAAGGUACAACAGAGCGGUUAACGCUUGAGCGAAAAAAAGUUACACUUGGCGGAGGGGAUUGGUAUUUUAGUGAUCGUCCUUUGUGUACUGUUUUUAAUAUUAGUGCAAGUUAUCUGAAUUUUAGACCGCAAUGGGUCACUGAAUUGAAGAAUUUAGAGGUGCUUCAACUUGGGCGUUGGCAAGAUUCACCUUUGCAUCACAUUGAAGUUGGGAGUGAAGAAUUAUUGAAAGAGUUAAGAUAUCUACAGAAGUUGAAAUAUCUGAGUCUGCGUGGGAUAUCAAGAAUAUUCGAGCUUCCAUCCUCCAUUGUUGAACUUGAGAGUCUACUAAUUCUUGAUCUGAAAGCAUGUCAUAAUUUGGAAAGACUACCUAAUGAUAUUUCAUUAAUGACAAAUCUGACACAUCUGAUUAUGUCUGAUUGUUGCUUACUGGAAAGCAUGCCAAAAGGGAUUGAGAAGCUCACUAAUCUCCAAGUACUCAAGGGAUUUUUAAUAACCACUUCUGAAAAGACUCCUUGCAAAAUAUCAGAUCUUGUUAAUAAUUUGAGAAAACUAAAGCGACUCAGCAUACGUAUAGGAAGUGAGGCCGUGAUCAAGGAUGGGGAGUUUCAAAGUUUGGCAUCCUUUUCAGCACUUGAACAUCUCAAAAUAUCUUGGAGUGUGUUUGAUCCAAGAUAUGCUAACAUUUCUAUCCAUUUGCCAACAGAUCUGAGAAAGUUACAUCUUGAAUGUUUUCCUGGAAAGAGUCUUCCACCAAGUCUUGAACGUUCCAUGACGAGGCCACGUGAGAUAAAUAUAACUGGAGGAAAACUGGAAAGUAUAGAUCCUAAUAUUAUAUUACUCUACAAAGUGGAAAUAUUGCGUCUGAAGUACCUUGAACACUUGAAAGUCGACAUAGACAAUUUGAAAGCAUUCAUUCCUAAGCUGAAAUAUGUAGAAAUUAGAAAAAUCCAAAACCAUUCAUACAUUGAGCGUGCAUAUGAAUAUGAUUCUGAUUAG